UUUUCGUCUCUCGCCUAAACAGUAACACCGAAAAAUAACAGAAACGAAAAAAAAUCUUCGCUCGCAUUCCAGACGCAAGUAGUUGUCUAUUCAAAUUUGUUGUUUAAGCUAGCUUUCAAUUGAAGAGAAUGUGCUGUGGCCCCUGUGGAAGCGUUUCAUAUGCGCUGGCAUAUGGCCCGGUCGGACCCGCUCUGCCCGCGAUGAAUUACAAUAAUUGCUGUUGUGGUCCUUGCCCGCCCUGUGGUCCCUGGACCUGUGCACCCAAUCGAUGCUGCUGCUGCGGUGAAUGUGGAUGUUUUGGACCCUUCUACUAGUCCCUUAUCAAAUGGACUGUCCACAAGACAAAUCGAGUCAAUAACCAUAUUAUUCUGUAUGCUUGCGUAGGAACACGGCGAACAUUUUUUUUCGGUUUAUUUUCUGUAAAUCUGCAAAAGUUAUUUGUGUUAGUUUGUUAAUAAGAUGCAGAAAAAUUCAA